AUGGCGACAGAUGGAAACAAAAUACAAAUUGGCCAAAUUUGUGGCUAUUCUGUAGCUAUCUGUAGCGGUUUAGCUAGGGAUGAUGUCUGUAGUAUGCAUCCACCAAGAAGAGGAGGUUUCCCCGCAAGAGCUACCGCCGGACGAGGUGGACCCAGUUUCGUGAAGAACACAAAUUCAUGUGCUCCACCGGGAUUUCCACAGCGAAGCAUUGAGGAACUACUACAAGCACCUGCACGAAGAAACCAGCCAACUCUCCACCCUAAGAAGAGAGAUGGUUCUCUUUGGAUAUCAAUUGACGAUGAGGUCAAGUAUGAUAUAAAGAGGGCUUUUUCCAACGAUUUUGAUGGAGCUUGGUGGAAUCUCAGUGAGUCUUACUGGGAUUCAGACCACCAUAAUUUGGUGAAGGCUCUUUGGACAAAGCAACUCAGGAGAAUGAUCUCAAACAACAUUAGCAAGGGAGAGACAAACAACAAAAAACCCAACUUUGUCUCUGAUAACAACUGGAAGUUGAUGUGGCGACAUUUGAACACUCCUCAGGCACUUCAUGUUAGCAACACAAACUCCAAGAAUAGGAAAUCAGAGCGUGAUGGAGAUGGUAUACAUCAACACAUCUCAGGUUCCAAAUCUUAUGCCAAGGUCAAAUAUGAAAUGAUGAUUGAGUUGGGUGAGGAGCCAGCUAUCACUGACCUGGUGCGGAAGGCUCAUAUGAAAAGUGACGGCACGUUUGUAGACAAGCGUGCACAGAGGAUUAUUGAAGAAGUUGAGUCUAUUGUUGUUUCAGAACACCCCAGCACUGAUGAGACUGAUAGCCAAGGCUCCAACUCAGAAGCAUCAAUCACACCACUUAUGAGAGAUGAGGCUUUUUACAAGGUGGUCAAGCCACACAAAGGCAGGCUGUUUGGACUUGGAACAGCACAAAUGGAGAACUAUGAUCACAUUGCUCCACCUGUUGUUGUUCUUACUCGUCAAGCUCAAUUGGAGAAAGAGGUGAUUAAUCUUACUGGAAUGGUCAAGUUGAUGAGCCAGCAGCUCACUGCUUUGUGUGAAGCUAGAGGAGUAACAGUCUCUGAUGCAACUACCAGCCCUUCUCCAUCUUCACCUCCUACCACCAAUGAGCCGAGAAUCUAG